AUGAAGCUGCCGCUUAUCCUGAGAGCCCGCGGCAUAAGCCUCAUCGACGUUGCUGCGAAAAUCUUCGUUAUUGUCCUACUCAAGUUCCACGCUGUGCGUGACUCAAGGACGAGGCCCAACCAGGCCGGAUUUCAUGCUGGACGUGGAUGUGCGGACCAGGUAUUAACACUAAGGCGCAUUAUUGAAUUUUGCCAUAGCUACUAGCAACCGACGGCCGUCUGCUUCAUUGACUUUGCCGCCUCGUUCGAUUCCGUCGAUCGCGAGUUCCUAUGGCCGAUAAUGGCAUUAGAUGUUGUACCGGCAAAAAUCAUCGCCAUAAUCAAGGUCUAUUAUCGCUCCACUACUGCGAGAGUCCUGGUCCGCAACAAUCUUACCCAACCGUUCGGUAUUCGGUCUGGCGUUCGAAAUGGUUGAAUUCUGUCGCCCAUUCUGUUCAACUACGCUAUUGACUAGAUUCUCGGGAGGGCCCUACACGAUGGUGACAGCAUUGAGUUUGCACCCGGACACCGACUGACUGAUCUCGACUCUGCCGAUGAUAUCGCCUUAUUUGCUUCAAGUUUUGGUGAUCUGCAGUCUAUAGUGUCACGGGUGAACGAGGUCGCUAAAUCGGUCGGUUUAUCCAUAAACGCCGGGAAGACUAAAGUGUUUUCAAACUGCACCCCUGACCAGGAGAAAGCACCUCUCGAGAUUGAUGACUGUCAACUUGAAGGAGUAGACAGUUUUAAGUACCUCGGGACGAGGCUGCUGCCGAAUGGACAGAGUAAGGACGACAUUGUCUCCCGAAUCGAUGCUGCCCGCUGGGUUUUUUCAAGCCUUCGGAAAUGCCUGUGGAACCGACGUGACCUCUCCAUCGCCACUAAUAUUCGCGUGUACCGUGCAUCUGUCCGGUCUGUCCUUCUCUACGGUUGUGAAUGCUGGGCUUUGCGUGUGGCGGAUGAGCGAAAACUGGAGGUAUUUGACCACCACUGCUUGAGGAUCAUCCUUCGAGUGAAGUACACCGACUUCGCUUCAAAUGAGACAGUCCGCGCUCGCUGCGACAACAUCGCAAUGAUAACCCAGACCAUCCAAGAAAAACGACUGAAGUGGUUCCGGCAUGUUCUUCGUCGUCCACCUCAGGAGCUCAGUUUUACUGCCCUCGAUCCGGCACCGUUGCCCCAUUGGAGGCGUCGAAGAGGGGAUCAGUUCAAAACCUGGCCUGACACAGUUCGUCAAGACACGGGGUGGUUCUUGGACCCUCGGUAUUCGGUCUACGUCGCUGGCGAAGGGAAUGGGUUGAACUAUCCUGAUUCGCUGCCGUAG